AUGGCGUCUUACACGUCGAUCGUUCGCGACAUGCUUCGGCCAUCCACGUCGUCGUCCUCAUCCACAGCUUGGUGGGAUCCCAACACAUCGAUGCCAGUGCUCGAUGACCGGAUUGUGAUCAUCACGGGACCUACGUCGGGAAUUGGCUACGAAACACUGCGCCAACUCGUGCUGUCUUCGGCACAUGUCUAUCUCUUCGGACGCUCUCUGGGGCGUCUCGAGCAAACUCGCGCGACGCUUUGCGUCGAAUGCUCGGCAGCACUCGACGCGCUCGAACCGCGCUCCUUGCGCUACGGUGCCAAGGUGGGCAGCAUGCAUUUGAUACAGUGCGAUCUGUCAGAUCUGCACAGUAUUCAACGCGCCGUGACUGAGUUUCUGCAAAGCGAGACGCACGUCGAUCUGGUCUUCGCCAACGCAGGCGUCAUGCUUAGCGGCAAGACGGCGCAGGGUUACGAACAGAUGUUCGGCACCAAUGUACUCGGACACCACGCGCUCGUCCGUCUGCUGCUACCCGCACUGCGUCGAUCUGCGACGCUUAGAAACUCCGCGUCGACCGGCGAGACGCGCAUCGUCCUCACAGCCUCCGACACACAUCGAUGGGUGAACCAUCGAGACCACGUCACGCUCUCUGACGAUGCGACGAAUGCCAAGCUCGGCCACAUGCACCUGUACGGCCGCAGUAAGCUCGGCAACAUAUACACCGCUGCGCAUCUCGCGCAUCUCUCGCACAAGCACGCAUGGGGUCUGACCGUCUGCAGCGUUCACCCCGGAGGCGUCAAGAGUCAGCUGGGUUCAACCAACCGCAUACUGACCGCAAUCAAGAACAUGUUUCUCGUCCCAGCGACGCUCGGUGCUGUCACACAGCUUUGGGCUGGCGCUGGUGCACAAGCAGCCCAAGUCAACGCCAGGUAUCUCGUUCCCUAUGCAACCGUCGGAACCGAAAGCGAGCUCGCCAGCAACAAGCUCGUCAGAGACAACGUCUGGACCUGGUGCGAACAACAGUGUCUCAAACACGGCCUGACCCAGCCGCAAGACCUGAUCCUCUGA